UAGAUAUAUUUUAAUAGACAGAUAGAUAUUAUUGAAUAAAUGAUUUUUUUUUUAAGUUUACUUUUGUACUCCCUUCCAAAUAGGCGCAAUCCACACACCCUUCCUGUACAGGAAUUCUGAGCAGGUAGCACUGGGGCCCGGGAAGAGCCACUCUUCACUCCCGCCCUGGGUUGGGCCACACCUGCAUCCUGGGACUGCAUCCUUAUUGGCUGGGCAGCCUCCAUUGUGAGGUAGCUCUGGCCUCCUCCUCGCAGAGGUAGACGGGCGCGGAGCCUGGCCCCACAUCCAGGCACCUGCAGUCCAAUGGUGCCUUCCUCCUCCCGGGCACACUGUUCACUUUGCCCUAUAGCGUUAAGGGCUGAACUGGGAGGGACCGGAAGCCCGGAGGAGUCCUGGCGUGUGGCCGACCGAUCGUGAAGGGCCCUGAGGGUCAUGCCGAGAUGAGACUCUCAUAAGUGCCCCCAAAGCCAGGUGAGGCCCAGUCAACAUCAGCUUCUCCUGCCACCAGCGCUCCACUGAUCCGCACACUUGGGCGUCAGUCUGGGUCAGGCACCCUCGGGAAACGGGAACCAGUGUCUUGGGCCUGCAGCCCUGGUUUCUCUGGAGAAAAACCCAUGGGAGGCUGGUUCAAGGCUGUUACAGGCCUUUCCCCUGAGCUGCCACCCCCGUCCCACCUUGUUGAAGAUGUCACUGCUUGGAAGGGACUUCCACAGCUCCUUGGAUGAUGGGUCCAAGUCACUUUUGGAGAGGAACAGCAAUGUCACUGCAGAGAACGUCCAUCCUGCUGAGGAAGCCAGCGGCUUAUCGAGAAUGCAAACUUUGAUCCAUUUACUGAAAUGCAACAUUGGCACAGGACUCCUGGGGCUUCCCCUGGCCAUGAAAAAUGCCGGCUUAUUGGUGGGUCCCAUCAGCCUGCUGGGCAUUGGGGUCCUCACCGUGCACUGCAUGGUCAUCCUGUUGAACUGCGCCCAUCACCUCAGUCAGAGAUGGCAAAAGACUUUUGUGAACUAUGGAGAGGCCAUGAUGUACAGCCUAGAAACCUGCCCAAACGCCUGGCUGAGGACCCACUCGGCGUGGGGCAGGUACACUGUCAGCUUCUUACUAAUCACCACCCAACUGGGAUUCUGCAGUGUUUAUUUUAUGUUUAUGGCAGACAAUUUACAACAGAUGGUGGAAGAAGCCCACAUGACGUCCAACAACUGCCAACCCAGGAAGUUCCUGGUGCUGGCCCCGAUCCUGGACAUCCGCUUCUACAUGCUGACAAUCCUGCCCUUCCUGAUGCUGUUGGUGUUUAUCCAGAACCUCAAGCUGCUGUCCAUCUUCUCAUCGCUGGCCAACAUCACCACGCUGGGGAGCAUGGCUCUGAUCUUUGAGUAUAUCGUUCAGGAGAUUCCAGAUCCCAGCAACCUCCCCUUGAUGGCAAGCUGGAAGACCUUCCUGCUGUUCUUUGGUACAGCCAUCUUCACAUUUGAAGGUGUUGGUAUGGUCUUGCCUCUCAAAAAUCAGAUGAGGGAUCCACAGCAGUUUCCUUUUGUUCUGUACUUGGGGAUGUCCCUUGUCAUCACCCUCUACAUCUGCCUGGGGACACUGGGAUACAUGAAGUUUGGGUCAAGCACCCAAGCCAGCAUCACCCUCAACUUGCCCAACUGCUGGCCGUACCAGUCGGUCAAGCUGCUCUACUCCAUUGGCAUCUUCUUCACCUACGCCCUCCAGUUCCACGUCCCGGCCGACAUCAUCCUCCCCUUCGCCGUCUCCCAGGUGUCAGAGAGGUGGACGCUGUUUGUAGACCUGUCUGUCCGCAUAGCCUUGGUCUGUCUGACCUGUGUCUCAGCCAUCCUCAUCCCCCGCCUGGACCUGGUCAUCUCCUUUGUGGGCUCCGUGAGCAGCAGCGCCCUGGCCCUCAUCAUCCCGCCCCUCCUGGAGCUCAUCACCUUUUAUCCUGAAGACAUGAGCUGUGUCACCAUUGCAAAGGACAUCAUGAUCAGCAUCCUGGGCCUUUUGGGGAGAAAUGGACCUGACACAAGUCAGUACUCAUACCCCUCAGGGUAUGCCUUUUUUGGUUUGGGAUUGCUUCGGAGGUCUUUUGUACCUAUGAACCAAACCCUCAUUCGACCGUUUGUACCAUCAACCUCAUUUACUGGGAAAAGGAAUGCCAUUCACUCAUGACAUUCCUGGAAACAGACAAAGCAGAGAUGGAAACGCAAAAGCAAUUGUUUUCUCUAAUCUGCAGUUGCUGCCCUUAAGGCAUAAGAUUUAGAAAAGUGGAUAUUGGGGGAAGGGGGAUUUUCUAUUCAAAUAUUCUUCUUUUUUUUAAACUUUGUUUAUUUUGAGGGGGAGAGAGAGAGAGAGAGAGAGAGAGAAUCUCAAGCAGGCUUGAUGCUGGCAGCGCUGAGCCCAACACGGGGCUCCAUCCCACGAACUGUGAGAUCAUUACCUGGGCCAAGAUCAAGAGCUGGAUGCUUAACCAACUGAGCCACCCAGGCUGGAUGUUGUUCUAAGUGGAAGAGUCACAGACAGAACAAAAACAGAACUUAGCACUAAUUUUACCCAACCAUUUGGCCCUGCCACUAAUUUCCAGUGGUAUCUUGGGCAAGUUCCCUCACUCACUCUCUCUGACACCGUUUUCCCAUCUAUGAAAUGAAGGACUAGACGGAUUUGUUGUUAAGGAUUCAUCUAGAUCUGACAUUCUGAAAGAGGAAAAAAAAUUAAUUUAUCUUUCAACCACGUGUGAAAAUCAAGGUGUUUGCCAUCAGCAAGACAUGCUAUUGCCCCGGAGAUACAUGCCUACCAGAAGUAGGGUAGGGAUACAAAUUUAUUUCUGAGCAAUCUGUCAUUAUGGUAACUUCCCUACGUAGAAGGACAUCACCUUUCUUUUUCUUCUCUGAUAUCUUAAGUCCACUUACAGCCAUUUAGGCUGACGAGGCUGAACGAUUUGUGUGAAGGAGAAGGAUUUCAUCAUGUGCAAGGACUAUCGACCUACUUAAAAAAAAUACCUAGUUUGGGGAAGGGUUUUGAAAAAUAGACAAUCUUAUGCUCUGCAGAUGGGGGUAUACAUUGCUAUGGCUUUUCUAAAGGGCAAUUUUACGACACAUAAGUCUUCAAAUGUGUAGCCCUCUGACCCAUUAAACCUGGGAAUUUAUCCUAAGAAUAUUUUGUGUUUGCAAAACUUUAUGCAAAAGGAGAGCUUGUAUUUUGAUAACAGUAAAAAGUUGGAAACAAACAUCCAACGUUAGGUUAAAUUAUGAUUUAUCCCAAAUAAAAUGGUAUGAUGCCCCCAAACAUUACAAAAAUUCACCUAUUGAUAUGCAAAUAUAUUUGUGGUUGAUCAGUAGGGAAAAGCUGUUUUAUUAAAAAUAGUAUGUGAGAUAUAUAAAAACAUUUAU